CUGCAUUGGAUGCCUGGUAGAGGUCAAGUUAUGGAUAUGCAAGAUGUAACUUCGAUCAGGAAUUUAAUCUUCAGGAUCAAGAAGCCUUUGCUUCUUCACUUAUCAUGUGCGUCUUCAUCCUGCUUCUAAUGAAAGGGAUGUGAGGCCGGUGGCGCUUCUCAUUUCUUUACGAAGAAAAUCUCUAUCCGUUACACCGAAACCGAAGGGGACGGGUAAUAUGGCGGAGUCCCCAAAGACGUUCUCUCUAUGGGAAGAGUGCCUCGAUGCGACCGGACGAAGUGAGACAAAGCUGAUAGAGG